UUACCUGCAUUGGAAUUUAAUAUUUCUUUCAUUAAUCUCUAUAAUAUUAUAGAAAUGGAUGCAAGUACCUCAGAGGAAAGAAUUACUUUAGCAUUAGCUGCAUUGAAAUCUGAUCUGAUGGAUAUGCGCAGUCAGGAUGUACAACUGAUGAAGCAAUUAAUUGCCAUCAAUACGACUAUCAGCUCCAUGUCCAGUGGAAGACGAUCUGGUUUCGCAGUCCAUAGGAGCGCAAGUUUUAGUGUAAUAAACAAACCUAAUCCAGAGCCAUUUCAAACAAGACGAUGCUCAGACAGCGCUUGCAAUACCAGGAAAGUGCUUACUAGACACAACAGUGAACCAGUUCCGUCACCUAGGGGCUCCUUAAACUCAAGCUUAGAAGAUAUCGAUAGCAGCUAUGAGGACCUUGUUGGAUCAGAAGACAGUGACAAUGAUACCCCCUCACCUUCUCCACAAAGAGCUAUGUCCUCCCGCCAUUCUCUGAGAAAAUCCUCCCUUUUCUUCAUGAGACCCCUACCGGAGGAACCCGACCUUGAUGAUAAGAAAUAUUAUGGAAUACUAAUGAAGAAUAUUAAAUUGUGGAAAUACUCACAGGAUUCUUUGGAAAGAGCAUACAGCACGGGAGAUUGACUAUCAUUUCCUGGCGCCAUUUGAUGACGUGAAACAAUGUUUUGCAGAACCCUUCUGCAUCCAAAAGAGGAAACGGUGAUAGCAACAAUUAGUGCUUUGUGCGCCUAACACGUAGUGUCGCUAAUGCAGAAGGUCAAUUAGAAGUGCCCCUGUCUCAUACAUCACAGACUAAUCUGUCUCCGAUGAUGGCACCGACUCUGAAAUCAUGUGACAAAGCUGUACAUUUCCUGCUUCGUUAUGUAAUACAGCUUGGUAAAAAAAAUCUGAACACUGGAUUAGUUCUGUUGGCUAACAUAACAACGAAAGGCAUUCCAUGGCAUAUGUGUAUAGAUAUAGAGAUGAUUGCUAGGAAGAACAAGAUGACUGAAAAGAAAUGUUAUUAUGAAUAUAUAAUGUACAAUUGGUUGAUUUUUCACCUUGUUAAUAAAAAAUUGAAGCAAUA